AUGGAUAAUAAAUUUAUUGAUUUCACAGAAAGAGAUGAUGAUAAUAGUAGUAGUAAUAAUGAUAAAACUAGAAACAGCUAUGACAGUGGCACAACUUUUUUUGGUUCCACCCAAACUACUGAAUACAAUAGUAACUACAAUAAUAAUAACAGUAUCUAUCUUAGUUAUAAAAUCAAUCUCCAAUAA